AUGGGUUUAAGAGAGAAAGGGGAAAAGAGUGAGGAAAAGGGGGUUAAUUCUAAUUCGAAUACUAAAUCUCGUGUUCCAAGAAGAGGUUCUUGGGGAACAGGACAAAAAGGUGAAAAUGGGGAAGCCAUUCAGCAACGAGAAACAACUCAAAAGAUUGCCCUUCAAGCACUUAGAGAAGCAUCCGCAACUGAUACCCUCGUUCGAUUUCUCAAGAAUCCAUCGAAUUUAACUAAAUCAUCAAAACCCGAAAGCCCAUCCGAUUGUUUUGAUCGAUUUCUUGAUUUCCACACCCAAAUCGUUCAAGCAAUCGCCAAAAUGACAUCACUCAAAGCAGCAACAACACAAAUUACAUCAGAAGACACACCUGUUUUACACGAUAUCACGAACAACAACAAUUCGCAUACAAACAACGCUUCAAAACAACAAGCUGCCUUACACAAAUCAAUCGCAGAACUUCCCAAAAGAUCCGAUCAAAAGUCGAAGCAAUUGAAAACAUCAAAUCAGAAAACGAAAGUGUUGGAGAACGAUGAAAACAAGAACCCUGGAUCUUCGUCUUCGUGUUGUAGCUUGAGUAAUACGAUUAAAUUGGGAAUGCAGAUUGAAACGGAGGCUGGGAAUUGGUUUAUGGAUUUCUUUGAGAAAGCGUUGGAAAAAGGGUUAAAGAAAUCGAAUGCUAAGAAAGUUUCGAAAUCGCUUAUUUUGAAGGUGAUAAAUUGGGUUCAAGUUGAACAGUGUGAUUGUACUAAGCCAAAAACCCCUUUAUUUCAGUCUGAAUUGUUCAAAGCGCUUGAAAAGACGAGACUUGUACUUGGUGACAAGAAGGAUUUGCAAUAUUCAAGAUGUGGUAGAACAGACAAGGGUGUUUCUUCUGUAGGGCAAGUUGUUGCUUUACUAUUGAGGUCAAAGCUUAAGGAACCUGGAUGCAAUACCUCUGAGGAAUUUGUAGACAAAAGGCCAGAAGAGGAAGAGCUGGAUUAUGUAAGAAUAUUGAAUGGAGCUCUCCCAAAUGAUAUUCGAGUGAUGGGCUGGUGUCCUGCUCCUGAUAAUUUUAGUGCAAGGUUUAGUUGUCUGAGUAGGGAAUACAGAUACUUCUUUUGGAGGGAAAAUUUAAACAUAUUGGAAAUGGAGAGUUCAUGUAAAAGGCUGAUUGGGGAACAUGAUUUUAGGAAUUUUUGUAAGAUGGAUGCUGCGAAUGUGCAUAAUUACAAGCGUCGUAUAACAUCAUUCGAUAUAUGUCAUUGCAAUGGAAGUGAUGAGCUGUGGUUUAUGAGAAUCAAAGGCAGUGCUUUCUUGUGGCACCAGGUUCGUUGCAUGGUUGCUGUGUUGUUCUUGAUUGGCCAAGGUCUUGAAUCACCCGAUGUUGUGGAUGCUUUGCUUGAUGUUAAAAAGACGCCUAGGAAACCUCAAUACAAAAUGGCUCCAGAGAUUCCAUUAGUUCUUCGAUCUUGUAAAUUUGAAGGUCUCAAUUUUAUGUGCUCCUCAGGUACUACUUUUUUAGUUUCCAAAAGGGUUAAUGACUUAAGAGGUUAA